AUGGAUCUGCAAAUAUCAGUUUUUCUUCUGUUUAUUGUUUUCGCUGCAGGUGAGAUUAUUUCUCAAGUCAGUAUUAAAAACUGCGCUAUCGCCUGUGAAAACGGGUCCAUGAACCUCGGCGUUUUAAAGACAUCUUAUUCCUGCUGUGACACUGACCUCUGCAAUGCCAAAGACGAUACAGAUGUCAGCUCUAUUGUCCCCAAUGGAAAGCGAUGCUAUUAUUGUGAUGGGCACAGCUGUGUAAACGUAAUGAGCUGUUCGGGGAGUGAAGACCGCUGCGUUACAGCAACAGAGAGUUUCGGAGGCCAGUCAACGGUUGUGAAAGGCUGCGUCUCUAAAUCUUUCUGUGAUGCCGCCGCGUCUGUCGGUGAAGUUCAGAGCUUCUCGUGCUGCUCUGAGGACCUGUGUAACGGUGUUCAGAGCGUCCCUCAGAGCUUCCUGUUCCUCGCCUGUUCUCUGCUCUCCUUCAUCCUGCUGCACUGA